CUCCUGGGCACUCGAACAACGAGUCUUAUUUCUAUACUGCCUUUGUUCAGAGUCUUAGACAGGUUAUAUAAAUCGAUGUCAACACUUCCCCACCUUUACAGGUUGAGGGAUGGAGAUCUCACUUCUCCUUAUGGGCUUUAGACUGGCUCUGAGCCAGAGUGUUGGCUCAGUUUUUGCUAUUAGUGGGUCAGAUAUUGUCGAAAAUGGGACCUUACCCAUAAAAUGUAUCCUGCAGGGUACAGCUCGUACGCCUGCAUUCUCAAUGGAUGGGGAGUUCAUUAUUGGCGGCGUUUUUUCCUUACAUUACAAGGAGCUCACAAAGAUUCAUAGCUACACCACUGCGCCUGAGCCGCCCACCUGCACAGGGAGUGUCAACAGUCAUGAACUACGCCUCGCUCGUGCAAUGAUCUUUGCAAUUGAGGAGAUAAACAACAGCACAGAGCUGCUGCCUGGGAUUAAACUCGGGUAUAAGAUCUACGAUUCAUGCGCCUCUGUGUCUGUGGCCACUCAUGUGGCAUUUCAGCUGUCAAACGGGGAGGACCCCGUGAUUCAGACAGGCCAUAAUUGUUCUAAUUUAGGAGUGGUAAUGGGUGUUAUUGGUGCCUCUAGUUCCACACCAUCUAUUGGCAUUUCACGCAUCUUUGGUCCCUUCAAUAUUCCUCUGGUGAGCCACUUUGCUACAUGUGCAUGUCUGUCAGAUAAGCAGCAGUUCCCGACUUUCUUCAGAACAAUUCCCAGUGACCAUUAUCAAGCUGAUGUGUUGGCCAAACUGGUGAAACACUUUGGCUGGACUUGGAUAGGAGCCAUUUACUCUAACACAGAUUAUGGAAGAAAUGGCAUGGCAUCUUUUCUUGAAGCAGCACACAAAGAAGGGAUCUGUGUGGAGUACACUGAAUCUUUUUAUCGGACUGAACCACAAAAGAUUCAAAUAGUAGCAGAUGUCAUCCGCAGGUCAACUUCGAUCGUUGUGGUGGCUUUUACAGCCACUGGUGAUAUGAAACUCCUGUUCGAGGAGCUAAACCAACAACCUUCUCCUCCUCGUCAGUGGAUUGGAAGUGAGGGCUGGAUAACAGACCUUCAGCUGAUGAGAUUCAGUUUCUGUGCAGGAGCCAUUGGAGUUGCUAUUCAGCAAUCUGUCAUCCCUGGAUUUGGAGACUUCCUGCUGGGUCUGUCUCCCUCUGAAGUAGCCGCCUCCUCCAUCCUCACAGACUUCUGGGAGGAAGCAUUCAACUGCAGCUUGAAGAAAAUUCUUGAUACAAAAAAGAGGCUUUGUGAUGGAACUGAAGACUUAGUGACUCUCAAGAUCCCGUACACCGAAACGUCUAAAUUCAGAAUUACCAACAUGGUGUACAAGGCUGUUUAUGCCAUAGCACAUGCUAUUCACACUGCAGUGUGUCAGGAAACUUCAUCCACAUCUAAUUGUAAAAAACGAUCAAUGUUAGACUUAAGUCAGGUUUUUACCAAACUGAAGGAAGUCAACUUCACCCAGAAUGGUUACCAUGUGUCAUUUGAUGCUAAUGGAGACCCUGUGGCUUUUUAUGAAGUUGUCAACUGGCAGAAGAGUGAGAGUGGGAUUAUUGAACCGAUAACAGUGGGGUACUAUGAUGCUUCGCUGCCAAAAGGCCAGGAGUUUUGUAUCAACAGGAACUUAACCUGGUUGGAUGGAGGCCUGGAAGUUCCAGUCUCCGUUUGCUCAGAGAGUUGUCCUCCAGGAACUCGCAAAGUGUUGCAGAAAGGAAAACCAAUCUGCUGCUAUGACUGUGUACCAUGUCCUGAAGGAGAGAUCAGUAAUAUGACAGAUUCUCCUGAUUGCGCCGCAUGUCCCAGAGAGUUCUGGCCUAAUGCAGAAAAAGAUGCCUGUUUCCCCAAAGCUGUGGAGUUUCUUUCCUUCGAUGAAAUCCUGUCAGUCAUCCUGGCCGUAUUCUCCAUUAGUGGAGCCUGUUUGGCCAUAAUUACUACAGUGAUUUUCUUCCAUCACAGAACAACACCGAUUGUCAGAGCCAACAACUCUGAGCUGAGCUUCCUGCUUCUCUUCUCUCUGACUCUGUGUUUCUUAUGUUCACUAACUUUCAUUGGAGCCCCCUCUGAGUGGUCCUGCAUGCUGCGGCACACAGCGUUUGGCAUCACAUUUGUUCUCUGUAUCUCCUGUGUACUUGGGAAAACUAUAGUGGUUCUAAUGGCCUUUAAAGCUACACUUCCUGGUAGUAAUGCUAUGAAAUGGUUUGGUCCUCUUCAACAAAGGUUGACUGAAGUGGCUCUCACAUUUAUUCAAGUUAUAAUAUGUAUCAUUUGGUUGGUUGUGAGUCCUCCCGUCCCAGUGAAAAAUCUGAGCACCUACAAGGAGAAGAUCAUCCUGGAAUGUGCGUUAGGCUCUGCUGUUGGUUUCUGGGCUGUGCUUGGCUACAUCGGCCUGCUGGCUGUGUUUUGCUUUGUGUUAGCUGUUCUAGCUCGGAAACUACCUGAUAAUUUCAACGAAGCCAAGAUGAUAACCUUCAGCAUGUUGAUAUUCUGUGCCGUCUGGAUCACCUUCAUCCCAGCUUAUGUCAGCUCUCCUGGAAAAUUUACUGUGGCUGUGGAGAUAUUUGCUAUUCUGGCCUCCAGCUUUGGACUGAUACUGUGUAUAUUUGCUCCAAAGUGUUUCAUCAUUUUGUUUCAACCAGAGAAGAACACUAAAAAAUAUUUAAUGAACAAAAACUAA